UAUGCAGCCAUGGUCAUGCUUGUCGAGAAGACAAAGUCCAUGUCACAACACAAACGAUUGCAUCAUAUCUCACUGUGUUUAUCAAUUUACAUGUAUGUGUGUACGAACAUGGAUUGGGAGUAGUAAUCGUGAUAUUCAGUUGAGGAUAAUUGAACAUGUACCUACGUGGCUUCAGAAACAAAUGACUUCAACAGAUCCGAUAAGUGCAGAUGACAAACGUCCGUCUUCAUCUGCUGGUAAACACAUACUAGAAACGACUCAUAUAGUGGACAUGAAAACAGCUUUUAAAGUAUUAGAUAAAAGUGGUCAGGGUUGAGGGCUUAAAUCUAUUGAAACUCUUGUCAUCUGUAAAUUCA